AUGGAGGGCAACCAACCUCAUACUGGAACAUUAUCCCAUGCAGCUCAGCACUUCGCCUACGCACAGUGUUCUACGAACAUUUCUGGAGGAUUGAAAAAUGACCCGACAAGUAAAGUCAGUAGAGAAAUGUUGUUGGUGACACUUCAAAACCUGCAGCACAUCCUGAUCAGGGCUUCAGACUCAGUGGAUUUCACCAGAGCUAUAUUACAAGAUGUGACGCUGGACAAGGCAGUGUUGACUCCUGCCGGCAGUCUGCCAAGAGCCCAUGGGAUAGAGCAGUGUGAGUGCCCACCGCAGUACAAUGCCACAUCCUGCCAAGGACUCCGCCAGAGGAUUCUACCGUUAACAACAACAAGUCAUGGACCAACAUCAUCGGACCAACGUUAUCGGAGAGUCCAAGCCGUGCCAGUGCAACAACCGUUCGGACAUCUGCGACAUUGA